AUGGAAUUUCCCAUUGUCAAGCGCAUCAACGAAUGCUUCAUCAAACCAAAGUUAGAAGAAAAUUUCAACAAACCAUAUUUCUUAACUUCAUGGGAUUUAAGGUUACUUUCUAUUCAUUACAAUCAAAAAGGUAUUUUAUUCACUAAACCUUCACCAAAAGAUAAUGAGUCUUUCUCAUUUGAUAACCUUUUAGAGAGUCUUAAAGACUCUCUUGCUCUCACCCUUGUCUAUUUCUAUCCCUUAGCCGGUCAGCUCGCCACACGAAUCGACAAAGACCAACAAAAAUGUGUGGUCUUCGUCGAUUGUAACAAGGGUCCUGGAGCUCAAUUCCUCCAUGCUACCCUCGAUAUGACCGUGUCCGAUAUACUCUCACCUACCUACAUCCCUAAGGUUGUACAUUCUAACGAACUCGACGAUUUUGUAGUUCGUUACAAACCUCCAUCCGAGUUGAUGGAGAGAAUGUUUCAUUUCACAUCCGAGUCAAUGAAGAGCCUAAAAGCGAAGGCCAACAAAGAUAAUGUUAACAACGAUGUUAUCAUCUCGUCUUUUCAAGCAUUAGCCGCGCUUAUUUGGCGUGCAAUAGUUCGAGCUUAUGAACUAGCACCAAAUGAGGUGACUAAUUGUCACCUAGCAAUAAAUGUUAGAAAAAGGCUAGAUCCGCCACUGCCUGAUGAUUAUUUUGGGAACGCGCUAAGUAACAUCAUGACUAGUACAACAGCCGGUGACCUGCUUAGCCAAAGUUUGGGGUUGGCAGGAACAUUGUUGAAUGAGAGUAUAAAAAAAUACACCGAUGGGGCUGUUGUUUCGGACGACCACUGGGCGGAGGCUCCGUAUUUUAUUGAUCUUAGUACAUUUUCAGAUUUGAGAAGUGUAAGGUUUGGAAGCUCGCCAAGAUUUGAAAUAUAUAGUAACGAGUUUAAGGGUCUAGGGAGACCAGUCGCAGUUAGGAGUGGUAAUGGGAAUAAAUUUGUAGGGAAAGUGAAUACUUACCCUGGAUGUGAAGGUGGUGGAAGUGUUGAUUUUGAGAUUUGUCUAUUACCUCAACAAAUGGCUAUUCUUGAAUCUGACCCUGAGUUCAUGGAUUUUGUUUCUCUUGCUAUCUAA